GACAACGCCCAGAGAAGCGGGCGAGCCUCGUCACGUGACCCUCGUUCAGCUACGUCUUCCGCCAGUAGGUCCCUUGCACCGGAAGCGGAUGUGUGUUGGGGCGGAAGUGGUGUUGGUGUAACGUUUGGGAGUUAGAGAAGCGGUGGAGGCGGUUAACAGAGCAUCAUGUCGAUCGAAAUCGAGUCCUCGGAUGUCAUCCGACUGAUCAUGCAGUAUUUGAAGGAGAACAGCUUGCAUCGUGCCUUGGCCACCCUGCAGGAAGAAACCACUGUGUCACUGAACACUGUGGACAGCAUUGAGAGCUUUGUGGCAGACAUUAACAGUGGUCACUGGGAUACAGUCUUGCAGGCGAUACAGUCUCUGAAGCUACCAGACAAAACACUCAUCGAUCUGUAUGAGCAGGUUGUUUUGGAGCUGAUAGAGCUUCGUGAACUGGGUGCUGCCAGGUCCCUCCUGAGACAGACUGACCCCAUGAUCAUGUUAAAGCAGACCCAGCCAGAGCGAUAUAUUCACCUUGAGAAUCUUUUGGCUAGAUCCUACUUUGAUCCACGUGAGGCAUACCCAGAUGGGAGCAGCAAGGAGAAACGGAGAGCGGCAAUUGCCCAGGCAUUGGCUGGUGAAGUCAGUGUGGUGCCUCCAUCUCGUCUUAUGGCACUGCUAGGACAGGCACUGAAAUGGCAGCAGCACCAGGGUCUGCUUCCUCCAGGUAUGACCAUUGACUUGUUCAGAGGCAAAGCGGCUGUGAAGGACGUCGAAGAGGAGAAGUUCCCCACGCAGCUCAGUAGGCAUAUUAAGUUUGGCCAAAAGUCACAUGUGGAGUGUGCCCGAUUUUCUCCAGAUGGUCAGUAUCUGGUCACUGGCUCUGUGGACGGAUUCAUUGAAGUAUGGAACUUUACCACUGGGAAAAUCAGGAAGGAUUUGAAAUACCAGGCACAGGAUAACUUUAUGAUGAUGGACGAUGCUGUGCUGUGCAUGUGUUUCAGCCGGGACACUGAAAUGUUAGCAACUGGAGCCCAAGAUGGCAAGAUCAAGGUGUGGAAGAUUCAGAGUGGGCAGUGCCUGAGGCGAUUUGAGCGCGCCCACAGCAAGGGUGUCACCUGCCUGAGUUUUUCAAAGGACAGCAGUCAGAUUCUUAGCGCCUCUUUCGACCAGACAAUCAGAAUCCACGGCUUGAAAUCUGGGAAGACUCUCAAGGAGUUCCGCGGCCAUUCUUCUUUUGUCAACGAAGCGACUUUCACCCAGGAUGGUCAUUACAUUAUCAGCGCAUCUUCAGACGGCACUGUCAAGAUUUGGAACAUGAAGACGACGGAAUGCUGUAACACCUUCAAAUCGCUCGGCAGCACUGCUGGAACAGACAUCACUGUGAAUAGUGUUAUUCUGCUCCCUAAAAACCCAGAGCACUUUGUUGUUUGCAACCGAUCAAAUACUGUGGUCAUUAUGAACAUGCAGGGACAAAUUGUGAGGAGCUUCAGCUCUGGUAAGAGAGAAGGGGGUGACUUUGUCUGCUGUGCCCUUUCCCCCCGGGGGGAGUGGAUCUACUGCGUGGGUGAAGACUUCGUGCUGUAUUGUUUCAGCACAGUGACCGGCAAGCUGGAGAGAACUCUAACUGUCCAUGAAAAGGAUGUCAUCGGCAUCGCACACCAUCCCCACCAGAACUUGAUUGCCACCUAUAGUGAAGAUGGGCUGCUGAAGCUCUGGAAACCAUAGGACUGAUUUUUCAUUCCCUUCAGUGUCCUGGAAGGGUGUACAUUAUGGUGGUAUAGUUUUGUUGUUUUUCUUAUGAGGUCCAGAAAUGUUGCUUUUAAACUUCGACAGAAUUUCACAUUCAGGAGUGUGAGAAACGUAUGCAUACUACUUUUACACUGAUAAGGUUCGUUAGUGUUGUUCUGGCUAAUUGUGUGCUCGCACAGCAAAGGCAAUUUAAUUUUUAAAAAAGAAUAAUUGCUCCUGUAAGAUUUCCAUUCUGCUGUAUAUAAAGUUGAUGGGAAAGGAAUAGUUGUGUUUUGAAAUAUCUUAAGUUUUUGUGAAUUGAAUGUGAAGCAGAAAAAUCCUCUUGGCAGAAGCAAAAUUAUGGAAAGCAAAAUUGGGGGGGCUUUUAACAGUGUGAAAAUGAGGACUGUGUUAACAGUUCUGCUUCUCAAUGCUUUGUGUGGGUACAUUGAUGUUUGCAAUAAGCAUGAACCAGCCAAAGUGAAGAUCUUUAAAAAAUCCCACUGAUUUUUUUUUAUUGGGAAAGUAAUGUAUGAACUUUUAAUCUCCAUUUUUGAAACCAUUUCACUUUCGCCUGGGAUGGACCACUUAGUAAAUCUACCUGGCUUCCAAAAGACAAAUUCAAUGACAACACUACUUUUGUGGCUGUUCUCAUGGUGGGCAUUUAACUUCAGCCUUCUGUUUGCCCUAAUUAGCGUAGAAAACAUUGUCAUAAACGUUUAUAGACCUUUUAAGGCCCCUGGAGAUGUGUGGUUUGAACUGGUUUUGUUCAGCCUCCAUUACAAUUUAAGUCAAAAAGCUCUUUCUGUUUUCAGAAAACUGUCCAGUCUUGCUCUAGCUAUUAGUCUUGCUGUUCAGACUUAUCCCAUUGUUUCAAUCACCAAGCAUUUGUAGCUUUUAUUGGGAGCCAAUUGUUAUGUGGUUUGUUAUUCUUCCAGAAUAAAAACCUUGUCUAUUACAA